AUGUUCAAACCAUUAUCACAACAAAUACAGCCUGGAUUUAUCAUUACAAAUGUUGUUCCUGGUGACUUUAACUAUGAUGGAAAACUAGACUUAUUGUUAAUGGGAGAACAGAAUCCUGACAAGAAUCCAACUCAUGAAAUCAAACUACAAGUCUAUCUAGGCAAUGGCAAUGAUACAUUUGAAGCAGAGACGAUUAAACUAGAUUCAGCACAAAACGCCUUACCCAUUGUAUUGGAUAUAAAUGGCGACAUGAAGACAGAUCUAUUAGGCUAUGCAAAAGAUACAAAUCAACUCAGUAUGUGGAUCAAUCAGGCACCAUCAACGAGUGCUUUGUUUAACGUAACCUCAGCUGCUACUUUGUUUGACAAGACAUCCACAGAUAAAUGUACUUGGGCCAAUCCUCACUCCAAUGCAUUUAUUGAUUUAGACGGUGAUUGUCUUGCUGACCUUGUGUUUGUAUCAGGAUUUAGUUUAGCCCAUGAGGCUACUUUACCUUCAGGAGCAGGGCCUCUUUCUUUUGCUGAUAUAGACGGGGAUGGUUCAGUAGAUAUUUUGUUCCCUGUAUGCCAAAAAGAUGUCUGCAGUAUCCAUGUCGUCUAUAAUCAACAAAUGGGACUAUGUAGCAAAUCACAGCAAGAAGAUACAAACUUUAGAGGUCAAUUACCUAUUCCUGUCCACGCUGGAGACUACAAUCUGGAUGGUUAUCCUGAUUUAUUAGUGACUACAAAUAAGCGUGUGCUCUUAUUGCAGUCUGUCCUGUGCGAUUCUGGUCUGUGUUCAGAUGAAGCAGUUGUGGCUGCUAAAAGAACAUUUUCACUUGUUAGUACAGGAGUGGAAGCAUUAGACAGCAUGACAUCAGCUACUCAAGCUGCCUUUUUUGAUAUUGAUGAAGAUGGAUCCUUGGACAUGCUUGUAUUGCAAAACACAGACAACAACAAAGAUGCCGGCAGAACACCUCAUUUUGUCAUUAACAACUUCUUUAACGAUGCUUUCUUUAUUAAAAGUCUAGUGUCUAAUGGUGUGGAUGAUCUCGAAGCUUAUGGUGUAAGCUAUCCUGGUGCAUCCCUUAAAUUCACUGUACUUGACACAUCUGGUAUAAAACGAUCUCACCAAAUCUCUCAACUCUCUCAAUCAGGCUAUUUAUCUCUUCAAACGCCUUACUGUCUAUUUGGUUUAGGAAGAACCAACAAUUAUGUAGAAGAAAUGUUUGCUGGUGUAUCUCGCCACCAGGCUAAAAACUAUUUCUUUUAUGAAGGUGUCAUUCCUAACUCUCAAUUGGUCUUUUUGCCCUAUCAACCCCACGAUAUCCAAGACAGUUCUUCUUGGAAAGUAGAGUUGUAUAUCAAACCUGCUGAUUAUGUGCCGUGGGUUUUGGGUGUCUUGGUGGCUGCUUCUAUUGUGAUGGCCAUUGUUGUCGUGGUGCUUCGUACAAUGGAAAAACGAGAGGAUGAAAUGGAAAGAAGAAAAGCGCUUCAUAUUAUUAACUUUGAUGCCCUGUAA